AACCGAUUCACUGCUGUAUCCUGAUGUCUCACAAUCACUGAAUAGCAUGCAAAGCAAGAAAGAAUGUCCAGAUGCAGUGCCCCAUACUGCGGAUCGCGAUCGGGCGUUGGUGCUCAUUCCGCGCCCAAGUGACGACCCCCAAGACCCUCUGAACUGGUCCGACCGCAGGAAGUAUGUCAUUCUGUCGAUUCUCUGUCUGGCUUCCUUUUCGGGUGCCAUUGCGCCUCUUUCUGGGCAACUCAAUCUCGUCCAGCAGGCCAAGAUCUAUGGCAAAACCAAAACCCAAGAGUCUUAUGCUAACUCGGCCGCUUUGGCUGGCAUGGCCUUUGGGCCCUUUUUCUUCGCCCCAAUCGCCCACUGCCUCGGUCGCAGCUCUGUCAUCUUCUGGUGUAUCCUUUUCGCCAUGGUCUGUCAGAUCUGGGGUGCCGUGAUGACCCAUUCGAAUGAGUACAUUGCCUUUAUCAUGUCUCGUCUCUUCGCUGGCUUCUUCGGUGCUGUUCCUACGGUGGUCGGGCCUCGAAUGAUCACCGACCUUUUCUUCCUACAUCAGCGAGGUCGUGCUUUUACGGUGCUGCACAUGGCGUUUCUUUUUGGAACUAUUGCUGGGCCGACUUUCUCGGCUUUCAUCUCUGCAAAUGCAUUCUUUCCGGUGGAAUUCUGGUGGUCGGUUGGCUUGCUUGGUGCUACGGCUAUUCUGAUCUUUCUGUUCCUGGAAGAGACUGGAUUCGAUCGAGAGAAUCCAGAGAAGAAUCCGAUUCUUCCAGCAUCGUGGACUGGCAACCGGUUGGUGACUUUCUUUUUUGGCCAGCGUGUGGUUCAGCCAACGACUUUCAAGGAGACAAUGAAAAUCGCCGCUGCACCUGUCCUCAUCGGAAUUUGUCCCGUCACCAUCAUCAUGGGCAUCUUCACGCUGAUAUCCUUCGGCUUCUACGUCGCCAUGAACGCACUCGUGCCAGUCUGGCUGCAAAAGUCCCCUGCAGUAGGCGGGUAUGGCUUCUCCCUGAAACAAAACGCCGCGUUCACCUUCUGCCACUGGAUCGGUAUUGUCAUCGUCCAGAUCGCCGGGCACUACUGGAAUGAUCGACUCCCACUCGCGUUCGCCCGACGCUUCAACGACGGAGUCUGGAAGCCAGAGUAUCGACUGCACGUCCUUUGGAUCCCCAGUUUGAUUCUCAACCCCAUCGGCCUGGGCAUCUUCGGUGCCACGCUACAAUAUCACCUGCACUACAUGGUCCUCGCAUUAGCAGUCUUCAUCGUCACAAUCGGAUCCCUCGCCAGCGUCCCCGUGGCGGUGAACUACGUCGUCGAAUGCUUCACGCACCACCCCGCAGAAGCAGGUAUCGUGAUCGGCGCAUAUCGCAUCGUGUACGGACUGACGAUUAGCUUCUACAUCGACCCGUGGGUUGAAGCCGUCGAUGUGGGCUGGGCCUACGGGAUGAUGGCGUUCUUUGCCGUGUUUAGCUUCCUGUUCGUCAUGUUGCUCAUGUGGAAAGGGGAAGCUAUCCGGGGUAUUCGGUUUGCUAGAUUGGCGAGUAGCGAGGAGGGAGAGAGGUUGGUUAAUCGGGGGGAGGAUGAGAAAGCUUGAUGGGCUUAUAUACCCAUUGGGAUGAUAAUUUUAAUCAUACAAUGUUUUGUAUUGUAAAUCGCAGGUUUCUAUGAGAAUAUAGUUGUAUGAUG